AUGCAUGUAACAACCACAAGCUGUAUCCUACUUUUGUGGAUGCAUACACUGACCUUUGUGAAAAGCCAAGGAGCAUGUACCCUUGAAGAUUUUAAAAAGUAUCAUCUCUACGAUGGCAAUUUUGACAUAAGUGGUAUGCAGGCCAGUUACCCAGGUGGGAGACAAGUGAAAGUGGGCUGCAAUGUGGGCUACAGUGGCUUUUUCAAGCUGCUCUGUGUAGAGGGAAAAUGGCAACACAGAGGCACUAAUUGUCAACCAAGAUCAUGUGGUCAUCCUGGCGAUGCCCAGUUCGCCGAUUUUCAACUUAGAAAGGGGGACGAUUUUGUCUUUGGCUCAGAAGUUGUAUACACCUGCCACAAAGGAUUUCAAAUGGUCAGUCGGACAAACUUCCGACGUUGUAUGGCAGAAGGCUGGGAUGGUGUUAUCCCCGUCUGUGAAGCUCAGCAGUGUCCAUCAAUUAAUGUUCCCAACAAUGUGAACGUGUUGGGAGAUGCAGAAGAAGCUACCUACGGCAAUGUAGUUCGAUUUAGCUGCAAGUCCAGCAAUUACAUUAUGAAAGGGGCAAGAGAAAUUUAUUGUGAUGAAAAUGGAGACUGGAAAGGUUUGGAGGAUGGCAAUCCAACAUGUGAAGUUGUAAAAUGUGAACCACCGAGGAUUAAAAAUGGUUUUGUACUUGGAGAUAUCAAAGAGUACAAUGAACGUGAAAUCCUAAACUUUGAAUGCAAUCUUCAACAUAAACGUGCUCAAGAAUUACCUUCAAGGUGCACAAAGACAGGAGACAGAGCAGAGUGGAUCCCCACACCUGAAUGUGAAGAAAUAAAAUGUGAGCUGACACUGCCACCACUCCAAGGAACCACAUAUGAACCUGCUCAUAGAAGUAGGUUUUCACCUGGUGAAAAGGUAACAGUUACAUGUGAGGAGAGAUACUGGAUUGGGAGAACCCGCACGCGCUCAGUUGAGACUACUUGCAUUGAGGAUGGACAGUGGUCUGUCAGACCAGUAUGUCAAGAGGUUACAUGUAUCCGUCCACAAGAUAGACUUUUGUCCCGCUGGGAGGCGUCUUGGCGUGAUGAGACGAAGAAAUUGGGUGAUACUGUCAGGUACACAUGUAUAUCAGGAUACAGGAGGAAAGAUGGCGUCACUCGGGCCACAUGCACCAGAGAUGGAUGGGAACCAAAUCCACUUUGUGAAGAGAUAAAAUGCAGGAGGCAACAGUUUAAUAAUGCAGAUAUUACUGGAAAAAUUCAGGCUGAAUACAGGUACAACGAUCGUGUCCAGUAUAACUGCAGGAGAGGUUAUGAAGGAAGUUUCACUCUAACCUGUAGAGAAGAUGGCUGGCAUAGGUCUAAUGAAUGUACAGCUAUAACAGGAUGUCCAACAACGAGUUUUGACCGCAGACUUAAAGUUUGGCAACAUGGUGACAAACUUUACUUCAGGUGUGAGGAUGGUUACAAACCUCUCAGCAAAGGCUGGUGGGGUGAAGCCACAUGUGUGCACGGUGUUUGGUCUGGAGUUGAAAUUUGUAUUGAGGAACAAAAGUGUCGAGAAGCUCCUGAGAUUCCUAAUGGGGAAGGAAUACUAGGGAAUACUGAACGACACGGACAGACCCAAGAAAUGAUAUUCAUUGAUUGCAAUGAAGGAUACUCUGCUAAGAUUGAGGAAUUAAUCUGUCGUGACGGACGAUGGGAUUUAAAUGGAUCACUUGAUGAUAUCUGUAAAUCUAAUCAUGAUAACUGCAGCCCUCCACCCAAAGUUGAAAAUGCUGUUAUUACAACUUGUUAUCGGAAGCAAUACCCAUCUGGCUCUGAAGUAACUUAUCAGUGUCGUGAUAAGUACACAAUAGAGGGGAAUUCCACACUUAAAUGCACAGCUGGGGAAUGGAAGGAGCUCAAUAUUCAGUGUAUACUGUACUGUGACCAGCUUAUGGAUGAGUCUCUGGACUUCAGAGCAGAGAAAAAGAAAUACAUGACUGGAGAGAUCAUUGAAUAUCAGUGUAAGAAUAGAACAGGAAUUAUUGGCACUGCAACGUGCCAACAUGGCAAGUGGGCUAAAGCAAUAGAAUGUGAAGCACAGUCUCAAGUGCAUGGACGAGAUUCCCAGAGACAGACUGUUCCUCUAGGAGAGCUGGACAGAGCCGUAGUAGGUCCUUAA